AUGGCGCAGCCGCUCCCCGCCGGGCACCCUGCCGCCCUGGACCGGCGCCUCUGGCUCGCGUGCGCGUCCCCGCUGUCGCGCCUGCCCGAGGUCGGCUCUGAGGUCUACUACUUGCCCCUCGGCCACGCCGAGCACCGCGACGAGGUCUGCGCCACCAUCACGCUCCAUCCUGGCGCCGACCCGCAGGCCAACCAAGCCCCCGCCGCUCUGCAGCACAAUGCGGACUGCAUCCACGUCUUCCCCAAGGUGGUAACGAAUGGCGACGCUGGCAAGGGCCGCUCGUUCCAUGUACCCAUCCCCUGCGCGACCGGGAUAUUCCCUGCCCUCGACGACGGGCGCGACGACCAGUACCUGUACUUCUCGGAUCUGAGGGGACAAGUGUGGCGGUUCCGGCACAAGUACACGGGCUUCCCCGGCGGCCGGCGGAAACAUCUGCUUACCUCUGGCUGGAACGCCUUCAGGAAAACCAAGUCCCUUGUCGCCGGAGACGUGCUGCCCUUCAUGCGGAGCCGCGACAGGCUGCUGAUCGCCCUGCAGCGCACGCAGAACCCUGCCCCGCUAGUCAGCCUCGAGGACGUGAUGGAUGCCGCACGGCUGGCCGCAGAUGGCAACGCCUUCACCGUGACUUGGUUCCCUCGACUAGGACCGGAGUUUCUAGUGCCACGCGAGGAGGUUGACGCAGGUCUUCAGGCUCACUGGGUGCCGGGCAUGAGGGUGAGCAUCCGCACCGCCGUGCUGCGGCCUGAAACUAGAGGUUGA